AUGUCAGAAGAGUUUCCGGCAUCAGGGCAGAGCAGGUCGUUUCGCGAUAUACCCUCGACCUCGUCGUCAACUCGUGUCAUCGCUCCUCCACCCGCGUUUGUACCCUUCCCUCCGACGAGGUCGUCGACAACUUUCGACCGUCCAAUGCCUGGCGUCGCCCUGCAGUCCGCCAGUCUGGCGCCUCCAUUCUACGAGCGUCCGACUACCGGCGCUACCUACUCGGCACAUGCUUAUCAGACUACACCAACGUUACCGCCAUUGUCGGGCCUCCAGACACCUCAGCUACAACAACAGCGAAGCACUGCCCUCUCGACGUCUUCAGCAUCAUCGGCCUUGUCGGCGCCUCUUCCCGGCCAGACGACAUCGAAACCAACGAAUCAGGACAGCCCACAAGGAAGCACCAAGACUGGACGGAAGAGCAAGGCACAUGUCGCUUCGGCAUGUUUCAAUUGCAAGCGAGCGCAUCUCAGCUGUGACGAUCAACGGCCCUGCGCUCGCUGUGUGGCAUCUGGAAAGCAGGUAAGCAUCGGAUCGUUUAUUUUUCAUUAUUGGAUCAUGCAUCUGACGGAGUUGGAAAAGGAUACCUGCUACGAUGUGCAACAUAAGAAACGUGGUCGACCACGGCUGAGGGAGGAGAGCGACUUCAAAAUUGAACGAAUGACCGCUGAGCCAGGUCGACCAACUUCGUCACUUAUCGGAGCAGCCAACUAUGCGUCUGCCAGGCCGAUAGCCGCAACCAGACCGAGAAGAUCAGAUUCAUUUCGAUCGCACCCUUCUCACAGCAGUGAUGGAUCGAUCGGAAUGGCGGCGAGUCCCAUGUAUCAAUACCCUCAUCCAACAUCAGCGAUGAGAUCAACCUUUGAACAUCCACAGGCAGCUCACCGUCCUCCUUCACCUACCGGACCACCGUUCUUUGAGAUACCCACCGCAGUCCUCGAUAUUGACUUUGUCAUCUUGAGAGCCAACAGGCUCUUCUGGCAAAUCCUUUUCCGUGGACAAGAAUUGGUCGGACGGAAUCUGGGCGACAUUGUUACACCUGCUGACGGUGAAAGCUUUCUAACGAUUCGAAAUCGCCUGCGGCGAGAACGAGAUGCACACUCACCAGCCUCGGAAACAUCGAUGUUGCAAGCAGGUUCCGAUCCGAUCCAGGGUAUUCGCGAUGUGGAUGUCGAGCAGUUCACGCAUGGUUUCCAUGAUCGGACUUACGUAUGGACACAAGUUGGAGCCGGUGAUCAAUCAUUCCCUGCGCGUGUACGCCUGGCGAGAGCCUCUUCAUACUUUGUCGUUAUCACACUUCCCUCAUUUCGUCCAGUCGAGUCACGCGCUAGCACCUACAGGACAUCGCAGACUUUUCAUCGUCCUCACCUAUCACAUACGCAGUCGUACUCCCACCCGGAAUCGUACUCUGCGCCAACAUCACAUACGCCACAAGCAUCUCAUGCUCUACCACCGGUAGGCUAUCAGAGCACUCAUCACCAACACCAAUAUCCACAAACGUAUGCGGCGGUCGCACGUUAUCCAGCACCGCAAUCACAGCCACCGCCGCCGCCGCCGCCACCUCCACCUCCACCACCCGCGUCCGCUCCCGGAUCAAUGCCAUCGGUCUCGAGAUCGUUCCCUCCGCCUUACUCACAGCCAGCUUACCACGAUCGACCCACCUAUCGACCCACCACACCGCGUGUCUCAGAACCAACUCCAGAUCAUGGUCCAGCCGGAGACGUGUCAAGACGUCCAUCUCUGGCAGAUUCGGCAGCUUCUUCUGCUUCUGGAGCAGUCCGUCUGCCGCCUAUCCUAGCCAGCCCACUACGUGACAGCCGACCAACGACACAGCUGCGUCCACUUGAUCAUCGUAAUUUUGAGGGUGAGAGCUCGGCAAUACGGCCACCGCCUCCUCCAGCUUCCACGUCGUCAAUACCAACGUCAGAGCAAGCACAACCACCGCAUUCGCGAGCUCCUUACACCCCUCAACAGCCUCAGACAUAUGCACAGGUGCUUUCCCGCCAAUACGAUCCACAGUCGGCAGCACAGCAAAGGCCAAUGCAGCAGAUGACUGCUUCAGCACCACCACCACCACCGCCACCACAACAUCAGCCCCAGUACCACCACCAUCAACAGCGACAGCAAAGUCAACAACAGCCAACCUCGUACGCACCCAGUGGUGCAGAGAGACGGACUCGAGAGCGAACUGCAACGGAGGCUGAAGAUGAUGAACAGGACCGACCACGCAAACGUGCUCGACGAAUGGGCAUCGAUGAUGUCCUUCAUUAA